UAUUCCUACACAUAUAUACAGCAGAAGCGGUUUAAUUUUAUUUUCUUUAGAAAAAAUUAAAAUUUUAUUUGCUUUUAGGAGAAAAAAAAUAAUUUAUAACUUUUUGCCAUACAGUAAAUAAAAAAAUAUAUAAGAAUUAACGUUGAAAUAUAAAAUAAAAGUGAAAAGCAAUAAGAACACUAAAACAAGAGGAACAAAAAAGUUGGCAGAAAAUUUGCAAAUUUAAAAUUUGAUUUAAAAUAUAGAAAAUUUUAAAGAAAAGCUUAAUUUUAUUUUCUCGUUUUAUAUUAAGUUAAAAGCAACACAAAACUCCACUAUGUCUGCCGAUGCUGAAGCUGCAAAAAAUGAGGUAGAACAUCACGAAGAGGAUAUUCACGAUGCCAACUACCAGCCACCACCAGAAAAAACUAUUGAAGAAAUAAUGGCAGCCGAUCAAGAAGAUGAAAGUUUAAGACGUUACAAGGAAACUCUAUUGGGAGAAGCACAAGCAGAAAAAAUUAUUGUCGAACCCAAUGAUCCCCGUAAGGUUAUUGUUAAGAAAUUAGCUUUGGUUGUGGAAGGACGUGAUGAUAUGGAAUUAGAUUUAACCGGUGAUCUAAGUCAGCUUAAAAAGCAAGUUUUUGUUAUUAAAGAAGGUGUUCAAUAUAAAGUACGCAUUGAUUUUAUUGUUCAAAGAGAAAUUGUUCACGGCCUUAAAUAUGUACAAAAGACUUAUCGUUUAGGUGUCCCUGGUAAGUGUUUAAAUAGUUUUGUUUUUUGUUGUUUUCAUUUUUUUAACAUUUUCAUUUAUUUAUGCUUAAUAACCCUCUUCUAACUGUUGGCUUGUUUG